AUGACCGACUACCGAUUGCCGCUCCAUCAGCCACCACCUGCUCGGAAACCGGUUCCUGGGAUGCAUGCUGGUUAUCCAUUCCAGUCCUAUGAUGGACCUCAUAAGCAACAGCUAUCUCCUCACCCUUCCCUCACUCACAAUCGGGGCCGGAUGCCUUCGGCCAGUGCGUCGUCGCCCUAUCUGGCUCAGCAGCAACCGUACUCCAAUACCCCUUCGCCACAUCAUACCAUGACUUCUACUCCUAGUUACCCUCCUUCGAGAAGAAUGUCGAGCGCGACGACCUCCACGAGCUCGACUGGCAACGCCGCGGGUCACUCCGCCGUUUCCGAUAUCCGCAGAAGCACGUCGUCACGUUCCGCCAACUCUCAGCUGGGUUAUGUAGCUCUGAUGCGGAGGCAGAAGGCCACGGUGUGGUGUGAUCGAUCACAGCCGGAGGAUCCCCGACUCCGAGCCCAAAAGCUUGCCGACAAGAAGAGAGCGUACCUCGAAGUCCAUGGCGCAGGCGCCGGUGGACGGGCGGGUACCCUUGGAAGCGGUAAAAUUAAACACUCCAAGGGAGGCACUGAUUUCUCACCCUCAAACCUCGUGUCGGCGACUGUUCCCGUACGACUCAGUGCUAAUGAAGUGGGGGAUGCAGAUGAGGAUGCACACAGCGAUUAUGGAUUUCCUCAUCGUCGCACCGGCAGCGGUCGCAGCUCUUUGGGAAGUAACCACCGUUAUCCCAGUGGCUAUCAGCGGACGCCCCAGGGCACCGUGGGCAGUAACAGCACUUCUCCGAGCGAGAAAACGGAUUUGCCUAAUGUCACGGAGCAUCCGCCGGCGGAAAGCACCGAGGAAAAGAAAGUCAAAGAUGACGCCGCUACCACCUACAGCUUCGAGGCCGCAGAUGAGGACAAUUUCGGGAGCGUAGGGGAGAUGGCUGCCCCCAGUGCAGUUACCACGGCGGCCGAAAAGGCGAGGAGGGCGGACGAACUAAGACGGCGAGGUAGUGUGGACGAUCGCACGAGCACGAUGACCAAUGUCCGACUUUUUGUUGCAAAUCCAGACCUCAGUGAUUAG